UGUUGCUUUUUCUUAUUUUAUUAUUUUGGGAGUCAAGUCGAAGUCAAAAACGAAAAUAGUGAUUAUGGAAGAAAUUAAUGGUGAAAUAAGCCUGGAAGACCAGCCCGGGACCUCGAGUGGUAAUGUGGUACUCUCGGCUGAGAUAAAGAAGAAAGAGUACUCAUGGGACAUAAACCGAGAGAUGUACCACAGGGAGCUGAACCUAACCAACAGGAUCGGGUGGCGUGGAGCCCACACUUCGGCAGAGGGCUUUAACCAGGCAUUUUAUGGAUCGCGCCAGGCCGUGGAGCAGUUGACGGAGCAGUUCCGCCACGAUAAGAGGGGCACAUCCCUGAACUUCAACCGGGUGGGCGAUUUGCUGUGCUCCGGCUGCCAUCAAGGAGAAAUAGUCGUCUGGGACUGGGCCAACCAGAAGCGCCUGCACCGCCACAUUCCCGGCCCCUAUGGGACUAUUAAGGGGAUCAAGUUCCUGGACAGCAGCGCCGGCCUGGACAUCGUGUGCGCCAGCGAAGGAAGCCAGGUGCACAGGUCCCUCAUCCCGCCCUCGGGGGGAGCCGUCAAGUCGGAGCUCUUGUACACCCACGACAGCGUGGAAGAGCUCAUCGUGGUGCCGCGCAGUCGCUUCGAGGUGAUGACCUGCGGCUCGCACCUGAAGCACUUCGAUAUUCGCACCCAUGUGUCCACCACUCUGCUGCGCUACGGCGAUGAAACGGAGCAGCGCCACAUGCCGAUAUUCAGCAUCGCCCAUCACCCGUACGCCCCCGAAAUCUGCAUCGCCGGAUCGGACGACGUACUGCGAGUCUACGACAAGCGGAAUACAUCGACCUUCCUGGCGCAGAAGAGCCCCUUCCGUGCAGAGGAUACCCCAUUUACUUGGAUGUGCUCCGUCGCGUAUAAUCAUAGCGGUAGUGAGAUCCUGGUCGGUUACAGCCAUGCCGAUAUCUAUUUGUUCAACAGCCGCGACUGGAAUGCCGAUUAUUUACACAGAUACGAGGGGCGCUGGAACCAAUCCGCUGGUUUUUCGCAGUUUUUCGGUCCCAAAUCCGAGUUUGUAAUGACCACUAACUUCGGCCUGUAUAUUAUUAUCUGGGAUCGAAACACUGAGGCCAUGAUCAAGCAAACAAGUUCCAAGCCGAUUAGUUGGAUCCAUGCCUUGGAACCACAUCCAUGGUUGCCGGUGUUGGCCAGCGCGGAGGAGGAGCAUGCCAUAAAGAUAUGGGCUCCACAGGGGGGCACCGAAAAUGGGUUAGCUUCAAUGCCCAAGCCAUCAUAAAUAUAAGUUAGUUAUAUAUUUAUACAAUAAAAUCCAGAU